CCAGCUCAACCGAAGUAACGAGAUGCUGUCCGAAACGCCAAGCCCUUCUUCUACACUUAAGUCCGUAAUACGGGAAGUCCACAGUCGGCAGCCGUAGCAUCCAGUGUCAAAGGCGAAUUGGCUGAAUGUGCGAGCACUACACAGUAUAUCCGACCACGCUUAUGUGGCUUGAACCGACACGUCUGCACGCGUUGUUGCUGCGGUUCCCUCUGCGUCUCGAAAUGGGCUUUGUACGUAGUGUAUGUGGAUUCGGGGGUGUCUCCCACUGGUUGAUCGCUCCAGCCAGCGGAGCAACAAAACGGGAGUUCUGAUGUGUGACGUGAUGAGCCCUCGCCGUCUCAAAGAAGUACGCCAAUCACAAGAGCCGAUUCCUAUUCGGGCGGUCAGGAUUCAGGACUCGUUUACACCAAGAUUUGGCCGCCGCUGUCUUUUGUGCCACUGCGGGGUUGGGGGGCCAUACCUGUGCUGUCGUGCAGCCGCAAGGGUCCGCGAAAAGUUUAAAACCACAGCUAUAUCAGCGACAUCGGGAAGCCAUCCGCAUUUCUCAAUUCUUCCUCCUUUCAAUUUUGCCAACACAGUCCUCCUCAGUCUCCCUCCUUGUCAUCUACAGACCAGACAACAUGUGCGGAACCGAUGCUCCCAACGGCACCAAUGGCGCCUCCAAUGGCGUGAACCCCGCCAACUUCCGCUCCAACCCCUACCAGCCCGUCGGCGACUUCCUCUCCAAUGUCGGCAGCUUCAAGAUUAUCGAGUCCACUCUUCGCGAGGGUGAGCAAUUCGCCAACGCCUACUUCGACACCGAGACCAAGAUCAAGAUUGCCAAGGCCCUUGACGACUUUGGCGUCGAUUACAUCGAGUUGACCUCUCCUGCUGCUUCGGAGCAGUCUCGGAGAGAUUGCGAGGCCAUCUGCAAGCUCGGCCUCAAGGCCAAGAUCUUGACUCACGUCCGCUGCGAUAUGCGCGAUGCCCAGCUCGCUGUUGAGACGGGUGUCGACGGCCUCGAUGUCGUCAUUGGCACUUCCAGCUUCCUCCGCGAGCACAGCCACGGCAAGGAUAUGGCUUACAUUGAGAAGACCGCCGUUGAGGUUAUUGAGUAUGUCAAGUCCAAGGGACUUGAGGUUCGCUUCUCCUCCGAGGAUUCCUUCCGCUCCGAUCUCGUCGAUCUCCUUUCCCUUUACCGCGCUGUUGACAAGGUCGGCGUCCACCGUGUCGGUAUCGCCGAUACCGUCGGCUGCGCUUCUCCCCGCCAGGUCUAUGACCUCGUCCGUACCCUUCGCGGCGUCGUUUCGUGCGAUAUCGAGACCCACUUCCACGACGACACUGGCUGCGCCAUUGCCAACGCCUACUGUGCUCUCGAGGCUGGUGCCACCCACAUCGACACCUCCGUUCUCGGUAUCGGCGAGCGUAACGGUAUCACCCCUCUCGGUGGCUUGAUGGCUCGCAUGAUCGUUACCAGCCCCGACUACGUCAAGAGCAAGUACAAGCUCCACAAGCUCAAGGAGCUCGAGGAUUUGGUUGCCGAGGCUGUUGAGAUCAACACCCCCUUCAACAACCCCAUCACUGGUUUCUGCGCCUUCACCCACAAGGCUGGCAUCCACGCCAAGGCCAUCCUCAACAACCCCAGCACCUAUGAAAUUCUCAACCCUGCCGACUUCGGUCUCACCCGCUACGUCCACUUCGCUUCGCGCUUGACUGGCUGGAACGCCGUCAAGACCCGUGUCGGCCAGCUUGGUCUCGAGAUGACCGACGACCAGGUCAAGGAAUGUACCGCCAAGAUCAAGGCCCUUGCCGACGUGCGCCCAAUCGCCAUCGACGACGCCGAUUCGAUCAUCCGUACUUUCCACCUCGGUCUUCACGAGCAGAACAAGGUCCAGCCUCCCGCUGUUGUCGAGAACUAAGCGGAAGCAGAGCGUUCGACCAACGGAGUUGUCCUUUAGCAUGAAGGGGAAUAUACCAGGAUUUUUACGAGGAGAGAUGCGGGCAUCAUGACGAUUUUCUUUUUACUUGUGUUUGGGGUCAUUUUUCACACAUCCACCGGAGUUCUUUGAGUACUAUAAUCUCCCUGUUUGGGGAGCAAAAAGGGGGUUGAUUGGGUUAACUGGGGAUGACUGAGCAGGCCAAUAUUGCCGACUGUGUUCCUAAUCAGGGGGAAUGCUCGUCGAAAAAUGAGCAUGAGAUAGACAAAAUCAACGGGAGACGAAAGUAACAACGUCACCUGAUUGUCCUUCAC